CGUUCGCCAUCGCCGUUGCGUUCGGAACAUUCGGCUUCGUAGUUCGUGUCAUUCGUGUGUUCCUCAAAGUUCGAGUAGCUCUGGGUCCGUCCGUCAGUUCUGCACCGUGCUUCAUUCAAUGACGUUACUUGACAUUCGUAAUUAUUUUAAGUUAAAAUAAACGUCCAUUUUAAUAAAUUGUGAGAAAAUGGAUCGCUUGCGAGUGCGAGUGAACUUUAAAUAUAUAACUAGUGUGUUCCUUUUGGUGUUUGCUGUCAGCCAAUCUUCGUACGCAUGGAACAUAGAAUACGCGCUAGACAGUGGCAGUUCGAGCCCCUUUCGCUAUGACGUGGUGACUCUGCCACGGACCCGUCAGCGGCGAGCCGCGACCCCACCACCUCCCGUGACAAUACCAACCCCACCAGCCUCCGUGCCCUUCGACCCGGCGCCUUCUCCGAGACCAGCAAAUGUGUCCACGAACGCCACACCUGGCUCCAACAAGCCUGCCAAUGUUACUGAUGCAGCUGCGGCCACGGUGAUGUCCGUAACGCAAAUCCCGCUGCUGGGAGUCAACGGCUCCGGGAUUCUUCACGUGAACCUCACGGGACAUAUUCCCGGGAACCUGACGGACUCACUGCCUAAAGUCAGUGACCCCAUCGUGCCUGAUGACAAUUUCACCGACAUCUUCAAAGAAACGCCUGAGAGGAUCAAAUCGGAGGAGAACCUUGCUAAUUUGACCUACGAUCACCACAACUUCUACAACAGUUCGUUCAUCGGCAACCAAGAUUACUUCAGGGAGUACUGGGCUAACAUCACCAUCAACAAGGCCGAAGUACAUCAGGUGCUCAGCAACUCGCAUAGAAGGGCCACGUCAAUCCAGCUAAGCUUCGACUUCCCAUUCUACGGGCACAACAUUCGUAACGUGACCGUGGCCACUGGCGGCUUCAUCUACACCGGCGAGCAUGUUCACAACUGGCUGGCAGCGACACAAUACAUCGCGCCACUCAUGGGCAACUUUGACACCACUCUCACUAAUGACAGCAAGAUCAAACUUUAUGAUGAUGGUGAAAAGUUCUCCGCCUUCUGGGAGAACGUGACCCUUCAAGAGAACACGACGAAGAAGUUCACUUUCGCAGUCACCCUGUAUAAGAACGGCGACAUCAUAUUCGCGUACAAAGACAUACCCAUCGAUGUGCAGGAGAUCAACGACACUGAACACCCUGUGAAAGUCGGCAUCAGUGACGCUUACCUUACUGAUAAAAUUGUUUUCUACGUUCGCCGCAAGACGAUCUAUGAGUAUCACCGCGUGUCUUUCAAGGACCAUUUGAUCACGAACAACACCAUUCUGAAGAUGACUGCCUUACCCACCUGCUUACAGUACGAUAGCUGCGAUUCCUGCCUCAACCAUGAUACUGGGUUCAAUUGCACGUGGUGUCCGCAGAUACAGAAAUGUUCCAGUGGGACAGAUAGAAACAAGCAAGAUUGGUUGUUAAGAAAAUGCGAGAAAACAACGAUAGUGAAUGCGACGAUGUGUCCCGCGCGAGAGGACGACAGCAGCGGAGUGCCGGCGACUGGCAACACCGCUUAUACCACCGACCAGCAGGCCAAGCACGAUACUGUUGUUAACACACAGCCUGAUGCACCAAAACCGGUGAGCGACCAGUCAUCCCAGGCGGCUCCCAUGCCCCACGAAGCUCGGUCCCCGCUCGGCGGCGCCGUGGCAGCGUUCAUCGCUAUCACGCUGAUAUGCGCGGCCGCCUCGUGGAUAUUCUACGCCUUCAAGAACCCUCACACGCGUAGCGGACAGAUACUUAUUAAGUACCGACCUUCCCAGUGGAACUGGCGGCGUGGCGAGGCUCGCUACACGGCCGCCACCAUACACAUGUAAACAGCACGUGACGCAACGCAUCCAGCUAACCAACGCUAACUAUAACACGUAUUUAUUGGACCCGACUUAUUGCUCACCAAAGGUGUAGUCAUGUUCUACAGUUGCUCGUAUGUCUCACUCUUACUGCUCACCACACAACGGUGUAGUCAUGUUCUAUAGUUACUGGUCUGUCUUUGUGGUGUUAAAACCCACGAAAUACGAAUGAUAUAGGCUUAGGCUUUAACUAUAUUUGAUGGUCUAAAAAGCACGUUAUUUGACAAAAUUUUGAAAAAAUAUCGCUUCUUUUCAUUUGUCUUUUUUUUUUAAUCUUACAGUCGCAGCUAUGCCUUGAUAAUACUUCAUUAGUUUCUUAUUUGUUUACAUAUUCAAUUAUUUAAAAUCAUGGCAUUAUUGACAGAAAACCAGAAUAGAACCAGAAACAGAACGUGCUUAAUAUAGUUUUAACCUAAAUAAAGGGUACUAUAAUCAAAAUCAGUGACUUAAAAUCCUUAACGUAUCAUAAGAAGACAAAUAGAAGAAUAAGCCUUUUUAUCAGAAAAACUAGAUGUGAAUUUGCAAAAUACUACAUUAGUAUUGAAAAAAAUAUGUCUGACCAAUGGUCGAUUUUACAAAUGUCUGUCACGGUAGAUUAUAAUAUAAUAUUUGGACAUAGUUGUUUUUUGUAUUUGUACACGAUUUUCUAUACACUAGUAGCUACACAGGGUCAAAAACAUUUUUGGUAGUUCUAACAUGUCAUAAUAUAACUUUUGAGGAAUAAAAUUGAUAUUAGUACCCUCACACUUUUAUGUCUGACACGUAAGUAGCUUACAUGGCUUGCAAUAAAUAUGCAGAUUAGAACUUUUUACAACUUACAGAAGUACCUUAAAAGUGUAGAGGGUUACACACAGUUCUAAGGAGAAAUUUUCUAAAUCAUGCACUUUUUGAUCGAAGUAUAUUGCAAAAUGACUGUCUUGUGUCUUUAACAUUCUGAUAUUUUUGCCUAGAAUUAUUUGGAUUUACUAAAACUAAAUCCAAAUAAUUCUAGGCAUUUCCUUUAACAUCGACAUAUAAAAAUAGUAUAUAAAAACUAUAUAAUUGUUCUAUAGUGUCACGGUUAAUAGUCAGAAUUGUAAAAUAAAUCAAUAAAUGCAAGAAAAAUCGUAAUAUUUAUGAUAUUUUUGAAUUAAAAUAUUGUAUUAAAAAGAAUAAAUCAAUUGAUAUAUAUCAAAUUAAGUAGCACUUGUACCUACCACACACCACAUUUAUGAUAUGAUAUUAUACACAUUUAUGAUAUGAUAUACACAUUUAUACAAACUAUACUAGAUCUGUAUGAUAAAAUUAACUUCAAAUCGAAUAUUAUAUUGCUAUGAAUUUUUCUCAAAAUUAUAUUAUUUUCUAUUUAAAUUGUAUUUGUCACAAAAUAUUUUAUAUAACGAAUAUGAACAUUGUAAAAUGGAUGUUUAGAAUUUGUAAGACCUUUAUUUACGUGUUUUAGUUAGCACAUUAAGCAGCUAACAUUUCAACUCAAAAAUAACUUAUAGAACAAACCAUUUUGUCCUAUGUAUUUUGUACAAUAUUUUUAAGUGAACUAUUUCACGAAUAUGGGAAAAUACAUUGCGAUCAAUGGAAUAUAAUUUGUACAUAUAUUGCUCUUAAAUCAUGGUUGAUAUUAUAUUAUGCUAUCUUUAAAUCGUGCUGAACAUAAAAAGUAUUUUGUUCUAUAAGUUAGUUCACUCAUCAUAUAUAAAAAGUUGGUUUAUAUGAAUCUAUGUGCCUUUAAAGAGUUCCGUAGGUAUCGAAGGAUCCGUCCUGAGUUUUAUGAAUUUUUUUAGUGUUUGUGAAUACCCGCCGCGAAUUACAGAAAUGUUCCCACGUUUUGUAACAAAACAAAAUUUGGUAGCAAUCUCGAAGUUUCUAUAAUUUGUGGCUUAUAUCAUUACUUUAGUACGUAUUAGCCUAACGCGCUCACAAUCGCAAAUAAUUGUCAAUUCUUAGAAGUUUGUAUUUCAUUUGGAAUUUACCUAGACUACGAUUUUAAGUCGCACCUCCACUCCAUAUGCUCGUGUUCUCAAAUCAAUAUCAUAAAAACAAAAUGGUUAAAGUUUUCGAAGAUAGACAUAAAAUUAUAUUGCCAACGGCUUCUAUGUCUAUGUUCUAUUACUAAUAAUACAAAAUCUCUCGUACAUCCGUCUAUGGAUUUCGGACAUUCUAACAUAUCAAAUAACUUAUUUAUAUAGUAUUGCAACACGAGCCGAGGAAUUUCAGGCGACACUGAAUAAAUGUACAAAACUUAAGAAUCUCUUACCCAACUGUCAGUAUAUUUUCUUAGAAAUAUAGAUUUGUUUUCUAACGAUUUCAAUAGUACUUGUUUCUAUUUGUUAAAUGUUCAAUUAAGUAAAUCGGAAAAUUGGUAUCAUAAAGUGAUUGUUAUAGUGAUUUUGUUUUAUCGUUAAUCUCGAAUAGUAAAUAGAAAAGCAAGUAUGUACUAUACAUCUCAUUACUUUGUAUUAUACAUAGUUGUGCAUGCUCAGUCUGUCCAAAUGCAAAAAUGAAUGAUGUUUACACAAUAUAUUUUUCUUACAAUUUACGUGAAAUCGUCCUUGAUGAACAAACAGUAGAACACACUGAAAUCGUGUUAUUGGCGAAUUACUUAAUUUUAUAUUUUUUGUUAAUUUGGCUUAUAAGUUUAUUUUUAUAUAAAAACUCUUAAGAUUAGUUUAUUAAAUUUUAUUUCAUACUAAAUUGAAGUGUUCUAUUAAAUUUUGAGAUUUUGGAAAGUUAUACAAAAGUAUUGUAAAAUAUACCUAUAUUCACUUCAUUAGUGCCGGGUGAAGGGUAAAUCGUAUAAAUAUCAUUUUUAUGAAAUAAACAAACACCACGCGUAAGGUUAAAUUUUGUAGUUUUACACGUUUAUAUUAUACAAAUUGAAACAUUUAUUGCCAUGAAAUGGUCUUAGUGUAAGGCAACGCGGUCUUAAUUUAUAAAGUAAAAUUCCUUACGGAACUCGUUGCGUACCAAGUGCAAUGCGACAUGAAAUUAAACCCGUACGUCGUUUGGUGUUAUUAGUUUUAGAAAAUAGUGAUAUUAUUAUGUAAAAUAUAUUAACCUAUGCUAAUCUACUUUGGGAUGUUUUUUUAAAUUAUUUUUUUACUCAUAACAAUCGUAAAAUCUGUACACCAAAGAAGUAGAUCGCGUUUGAUUAGUCUGUGAAGUGUCGCUCAAUCAUCAAUCGAUUAGAACGUUAAUGUAACAUGGAAUUAUUGUAAAUUAUAAUUUUAAGGUACCAUUCCGACGUUUUCUUUUGCAUUAAGGGACCAUUAUAAAAGUCUACAAUAAAUCCUGCCGUUGGAAGAA